AUGUCUCCAAUCGCCAGGGCAGCCAUCGUGCUGAGAGAGUUCACGGGCAACACAGAGAUGGCCAGGAACACGCUCCAGGCUGUUGAAUACGCCACUCAUCAGUAUGACCUGGCCCACUUUGUGCAAGCCACCCUCGUAAGCUGGAAACAUACCAGCGCCUCCGACCCCAUCCCCCACGCCACAAUCAGGCUAGCUACUCAUGAUCAGCUCGCUGCCAAAAGGGCUCAGGCUCUUCACCUGUACCUCAACGACGGCAACAACUACGUCCGCCACAAGCUUGACAAGGAGUUAGACGUCAAGGAAACCAAGAAAAAGAAAUGA